AUGGCGUACUACGACGAAAGUCACUACCAUUCCCCUCGCGAUCGCUAUGCGCGCCCAUCAAGCGUCUACUCACAAGACUAUUACUCCGGUGAUGGUCCCUACAGUAGCAGUCGCCACGAAGCGGGCGUCGAGAUUAUGGCUACGAAUAUGGAUAUGGUCUACCCCCGCAGUCUCGCCGCUCCAGGGUUUCCACCGUCCAAGAAGGUGUGCACAGGUCCCACUCCAUGGGUGGCCGUGGUUCAUAUUAUGAUGAUCCCGACUAUCAUCAUUCGCGCCAUAGUCGUCGUUCGAAACGUUAUGAUUACGAAGAUCCACGUAUGUAGUGACCGUUACAGGCGCUCGCAGCGUUCUCCGUCUAGCAGCCGAUCGCCUCCUCCCCGCAGGCGCCGCAAAUCUCUCUCAGAGCAGGCUAUGGAAGCCCUAGGCAUAGGUUCCUCUGCCUCCUCAGCCUCCAAGCAUCACGAGCACCGUCGCGGGCGUUCCCAUGGCCACCAUAGCAGGUCCUACUCUUAUUCACCCUCUCCGACUCGGAGCAGAAGCCGUCAUCGCCGGGAUCGGAGUGAGCAGCGAAUUGCACAAGCCAUGAAAGCAGCUCUGACUGCAGGCGCAGUGGAAGCUUAUCGUGUGCGCAAAGAACCCGGCGACUGGACGGGCGCAAAAGGCAAACGGAUUCUCACUGCCGCUUUGACAGCGGGUGGUACUGAUGGAAUCGUGGAUCGGGACCCUAGCAAACAUUCCAAGCGCCACAUUAUCGAGUCUACCCUGGCAGGUCUGGCUGCGAACCAUUUUGUAAACGGCCCUCGGUCUCGCUCACGGUCCAAGUCUCGAGGCCGCGAAAAGAGUAAGAGUAAACUGCCUGAUCUUGCCGCCGCUGGAGCCUUGGCCGCUGCUGGGAAGGAAGCGUAUAGUCGGUUUCGGUCCAGAAGGCGGAGUAAGAGCGUUUCCGACUAUAUCAACCGGGGCAUGGAAGCGCUAGGCCUUGAAAACAAGGAUAAAGACAAAGACGACCGGAGACGACAUCACGAUCGACCCUCUCGCCGGGAUGACUACUCAGACUAUGACUCGGAUAGCGAAUACGGAUCUAGGCACCAUGGGAGCUCAAGACGGACUCGGCAUUCCAGAGAUUACCGAUGA